CUGCAGGGAAAACUUCGUCAGAAUUAUCCAGUUGCUCGUCGUCGUCGUCGAUAGCCAUUUCAGAAAAGUAGAGUUCUCCGAAGCCGUAUUUAGUGAAAUAAUGUACAAAGGCGAACUACAGGCAGGCAAACGAGAAAGCGAAGCGGAGACGUUGACGACGACGCUACCGGCACCAUGUGUUGAACGCCGGGCUACCAAUCCCCCUUUCUUUCUCACCAGUAGCCGUGAGUAUGAUGAUGAGCCUCCGCGGAGCUCCUCGCAGUAUCGUCUCAUCUGUGGCCACAGCAACAUCAUCAUCAUCGUUCGGCCUCCAAUCGAAAUAACCGGAGGCGCGUGCAGCCAUUUGAUUUGUUAUCGACGUGGGACGAAAUAGCUCAUCGAUUCAUAGACAAAGAGGAAACGAGACAAGCUGCGCCGUCAUGCCCACAGCGGCCGUUUUGGGUGCGGCCGUGGGCGUAGGAGGAGCUUUAUUCCUGACGCUCACUUUGUUGAUCUACCGUUACCAUGCAGCGCAGAAGAAAGAAGCAGCCGAUAACCAUUAUCCGUAUCAUCAUGGCGGCAAGGGUGUCGGCUAUAGUAGUUUGAGCAACAGUUGGUCAACACGGGACAGCUGGGCGCCACCGGCCUCUUCGACGCCAUCCUACAAAGCCACCAGCUGUUUAUUGGAAGAGGAUCAUGGCGCCUGUAAUGGUAGACGUCGUCCACUCCCCAAACUCUAUCUUCCCCUCACUACCCACCAUCAGGGUUUCGAGACUGCGAAUCAUCCGAUUCAACCUCCGGCUCCUUCGCUGCCUCCAUUUCAACAUUGGUGUCCUAACGAGUCGCCAUUUUCCAUACCGAUAACAAUGUCGAGUUCGAGCGGUGGAGGGACUCGUAACAGCAACGCGGCUCCAACGGCCAACAGCAGCAAGAGAACAUCUCCGUUGAAUUAUUUCAGCCUAGACAUUCCGGCCAGUUUAUUGGGUUCCACGGGCACGACAAGCAAUACGUCGCUUCCGCACCAAUCUUGUUCGUUGCCCUUUGUCGCCCGGCUGGUGCGCACUCCUUCAACUUCUUCUUCAACGUCCGGUUACGCUGCAGGUGAUUCUCCUCAUCACGAUUACCAACAGGGCCGUUCGGAGAGUUUGCAAUGUCAACGUUCUCCGUCUCCAUCAUGUCGUCAUCGUUUGGCUUCCAAUCCGACGCCGUUGUUCGGAUCGGGAUCAUCCGGGGGACAUAUCAAUGUGAGCAGUAACAAUUUGAACUUGACGCCGUAUCCAAGUCCGUUGGUGAGUCCGACGCCUUCCUUUUCGUCGCUUCUCAACUCGUUGGCAUCCGUCACUUCAUCGACGAGCAAUUCACCCGUUCCGGCCACUACGACGACGCCGGCUUCGCCACUGGUCAGACGCAACCGAUCGCCAAUGCUCUGCUCGUUGAACAAGAUGAAUUCGGUUCAAUCAUCGUCGUCGACUACGUCCAACCAGAGCCAAGGAUCGACGACGUCGUUGUGCUGCCUGGCGAUGACGUCAACUUCGACUCCGUUCGGAGCACUUCAACCGGAACUCUACAAACGCGAAACGUCCAUUCAUGUCGGAUUGCCGGCCGAUGAUCAAGAUCAUUCGGAUCAUUCAACCAACGAAUCGUCUUUAUCAGACCAUAUUCAAUCGAAUCAUCAACAGUUAAACAGCAGUGCGGGAUCCGUUUCGAUCACGGCUGCAUCGGCGGCAACUCCUCAAAAGGGUAGCGGAGCGGCAAGCGUCCGUAGUAACAGCAACAUUCCUCUCGGAAGGAUCCAUUUCCGCCUGUCUUACGAUUUCGACAAAUCGGAUUUACUCGUCCAUCUCAUCGAAGCUUGUGACUUAUCGCUGACGAUGGCCAGUUUUACGGAUGGAAGCGGAUCGACUUCGUCGUCUGGCGGUAGUUGCAGCAGCACAAGUGGCAUGGCCGCCGUAUCGAGCAGCAAUCCACGGGAAGCGCAUGUCCGUCUUCUUUUGCAACCAGAAGUGGAUCAACGCCGUCGACAAUCUGCACGCUGCCUGCGACUGGGAACCGACACGCAGUGCUUCUUCGACGAACGCUUCAAAUUUCCCGUGUCACACGAUCACCUUGCCGAUAAGACGCUCCGAUUCCAGAUUUGCGAGUACGAUCGAUUUUCACGACCGUGCGUUGUCGGAGACUUGCAUUUCUCGCUGGCCGAUCGUGAAAAUGUCUUUGGGAGCAGCAACACCGGGCCGGGAGUCGACAUUUGGGCGGACGUGAUGCGCAACACGUUGCCAGAUGAAAGCCGGCCGCAGCUGCUCAUCUCGCUUAGUUACCUGCCAUCAGCCGAACGGCUUACCGUCGUUGUUCUCAAAGCUAAGAAUUUGGUGGUGCCCGCCAGCAAAGAAAAUAUUGAUCCAUUGGUAAAGCUCUAUCUUAUGGUUAACGGCAAACGAUUGAAGAAGAAGAAAACGGAGUGUCGUAAAGGAACAUGCCAUCCAGUUUGGAACCAAGCGCUGACAUUUACAUUACCGUCGACCAAAUUGCACAGUUGCACACUGGAGAUUUCAGUGGUAGAUCAAGGUAGUGAACGAGGUGGCAAAAGCGCCCAGUUGGGUUGUUUGGCUCUCGGUCCCGAUCAAAAUCCUGCUUCACCCGAACGCCAGCACUGGCAGGAUAUGGCCCAUAACGUCAGAAAGUCUAUCGCAAUGUGGCAUUUUCUGCAUUGAAAACACAUUGGAAAAACCAACACAAUUACACAACACCCACACAUACACAAAAAGAAAGAUAUAAAUUCCAUUUAAUUUAUUUUACGAUUUUUUUUUUUUUUUAAAGAUAGAGAAAUCUUUUACAUUUGAUUACGUGUUUCAUUUUCACACUUAGGAAACAAUUCACGUUUACGUACAAAUAUUAUAUUCUAAUUUCGAUGUCUGUCGUGCACUUCCAUCAACUUGGAUGUCCGUUGACCUUAAAAUUCAAUGUCAAUCCACCUCCUAUCUCAACUAUUUAUUCAAGUAAAGCUUUUCCCUAGAUGCUAUAUAAAAAAUUCAACUAAAAUUCUUUAUAUAGACGUGAUUUUUUUUCGUUGUUUCAGUCGAUUUCUUAUGCGUUAUUGAGUUUACUCAAUGUCUUUACGAUGUUUGGUACAUGUCAUACAAACACACGCCAAAAGCUUACAAACAAAAACGUUGACAAUUUUCAUUUGAUACGAAAUCACGUGCCAUUUUUUUUUUUUCUGUUUGACAUGGAACAAAAAUAUAUGUGUCUGAAAUUA